AACUGUUGUCAUUGGUUUCAAUUUUUAAUUAUUUUGCAUUUUUUAAAUAGAAAAUUCGAUAGACAUCAAAAGAAAAAAUAUAAAUUAUUUAAACGGCAAAACUCUAAACAUAUAUAUGAAGGAGUUAUAGUGACCAAGAGGGAAUUGUGCAACAGUUUCAAACGCGUUUUCUAUUAAAAAAAAUAAAAUAAAUUUCGUCGCUGCCGUGAUCUAACAAAUACACACGGCAGACAUGUCGAAAUCAACUUCAAAUUUUUUAGUUCGAAUACAAUCACCGGAAGGCAUUAAACGUAUUGAGAUCUCACCGAAAUCCAGCUUUAAACAACUUUACGAAUGCGUACAAAGGGUCCUCAAAAUUGAUGGCUUUGGUUUAUUUAAAGAGAGAAAUUUUUCAAAUGAGCUUUAUGCCAAUUCGUCGCAACAAAUCGGUAGCGCGCUUAAGCAUGGCGACUUGAUAUAUUUAAAGCAAAUAGCCAGUGGUUCUGCUCGCCGCACCAGUACUGCUAGCAUAGAUAAUUUUGAAAACUUUUCUGGUUCGUUAGCGGACAAUUUUAGUAAAACCAAUGUUGUUAUAGAAGAUGAAGUCGACCAACUUUUGGCUAAAGAAGACGGUUUAAUUAAACGCGGUCGAGAUACUAAAUUAUGCCAUCAUGCUUCCAAUGGUUGCUGUGUUCAUUGUUCGCCCAUGGAACCAUACGAUGAAUCAUAUCUGAAAGAGCAUAAAAUUAAACAUUUAUCAUUUCACUCGUACAUACGAAAGCAAACUUCGGGUAUUGAUCGUGGCAAGUAUAUGGUGUUCGAUGAUAUCAAUUGUCGCAUUAAAACUGGCUGUCGUGAUCACUUACCUUGGCCUAAGGGUAUAUGUUCCAAAUGUCAACCGUCGGCCAUUACGUUAAAUCGUCAAGUUUACCGUCAUGUGGAUAACGUUAUGUUUGAGAAUACAAAUAUAGUAGAACGAUUUUUGAAUUAUUGGCGCACUACCGGUCAUCAGCGUAUGGGUUUUCUUUACGGUACUUAUGAAAUGAAUACAGAUGUCCCCUUGGGUAUACGGGCGAAGGUAGCAGCUAUUUAUGAGCCGCCACAGGAAACUACACGAGAUUCGAUAAAGUUUUUGGACGAUGAGGCAAUAAAUGAUGUGGAAGAAGUCGCGAAAGUUUUGGGUUUAAGAAAGGUUGGCUGGAUAUUUACUGAUUUAAUAACCGACGAUCCAGCAGCUGGUACGGUUAAACAAUUGCGUGGUAUUGAGACUCAUUUUCUAACUGCUCAAGAAUGUAUAACGGCUGGUGAAUUACAAAAUCGUCAUCCAAAUUCUUGCAAAUACUCUUCGAACGGUUCUUUUGGCUCGAAAUUCGUUACAGUUUGCGUUACGGGUGAUAAAAAAAAACAAGUGCAUAUGGAAGGUUAUGCUGUUUCGGCCCAAUGUAUGGCAUUGGUACGAGAUAAUUGUUUAGUGCCCACAAAAGAUGCACCCGAAUUGGGUUAUAUACGUGAAUCAUCUGAUAAACAAUACGUACCGGAUGUUUAUUAUAAGGAAAAAGAUCAAUACGGUAACGAAGUGCAACGUAUGGCUCGACCAUUGCCGGUUGAAUAUCUACUUGUCGAUGUGCCCGCUACAACGCCCCUACAACAGCAAUUCACGUUUACUCAAUACGAUAGACGUCAACCAUUUCCAGUGGAGAAUCGUUAUUUGGACGGUCAUCUGCAAGAUUUUAAUGCCCUAAGCACGUAUCUAUCGCAAUGGGAGAACGAUGAAUACUUACAGGCGAUGUCCGACUUUCAUUUACUUGUAUAUUUAUACAGAAUGGAUAUGUUGCCCAUGCGUCAGCAUAUUAAGCCAUUAUUAGAAGCGGUACACACUAAAAAUUCUAGUAUGGCUUACAAUUUCAAAAAGGAAGAAGUAUGGAAAGUGCUGGAAUCCUUAAUACAAGCCAGUUCAAGUGGUAGUGGCGGUACGACAAGUUAUCCUUCCGUUGGUGUUAGCUCCGCUGAUGUAGGCGUUACUGCCCCUGCUUCAUUUCAAGCGCGUCCUGCUGCCGGCGGGGGAACUGCACCCGCUCCUUUGGAGACAUCAGACAAUGAAGCUGAGACCUGGACUUGCAAUCAUUGUACAUUCAUUAACAGCAGCGAGCUAACCUCUUGUGAAAUAUGCUCUCUACCGAGAUAAAUUCUGCUAUGUAGACGCUAAGAGAAUUAUG